AUGGCUGACCCUUACUACUCUAAUUUCUUCUACUCAUCAUCAUCAUCAUCAUCAUCAUCAUCAUCAACAACAUCAUCAAGUUUCUUCCAUUUCAAUCCCAUCAUCCAUCACCAUUUUCCAUCAUCAAACCCUUCUCCACAACACCAACACCACCACCAUCCCUAUCUCCAUAACUACAUCAACCACACCACCAAAAACAACAACACCAGCUUUUUCCACUACCAUCACAAUACUACUACUACUACUACUACUUGUUCUUCUUCUUCACCACCUUCACCUCCUCUCAGAGAAGAACUCCCCCUCUUGAGUCUCAUCCCUGCAAAGCAACAACAACAAGAAGAUGAAGAGCAAGAACAAGAGGACCUUUCUUGCACUGCCAUGGAUGUUCAAGAUGACAGCAGGAUUAACAACAUCUUAAAAGAGGAAGAUAAUUACGAUUAUGGCAAUGUCACUGUUGCACUCCACAUAGGGUUGCCAAGCCCUAGUGCUGCUGAGAUUGCAUCAGUGUUGUCAUCUUCAUCAGAGAAUAUAACUGAUAAAGAACAUGGUGGUGGUGGUGGUGGUGGUGGUGAUGAUGAUUCUGGGUUCAUGCUCAACAACAGACUCAACAAGGGACAGUAUUGGAUCCCUACACCUUCUCAGAUUCUCAUUGGUCCUACACAGUUCUCUUGCCCUGUUUGUUGCAAAACAUUCAACAGAUACAACAACAUGCAGAUGCAUAUGUGGGGGCAUGGAUCACAGUACAGAAAAGGGCCUGAGUCUCUUAGGGGUACCCAACCAACAGGCAUGUUGAGGCUUCCUUGCUAUUGCUGUGCCCCAGGGUGCAGGAACAACAUUGAUCACCCAAGAGCAAAGCCUCUCAAAGAUUUUAGAACACUUCAAACACAUUACAAGAGGAAGCAUGGGAUUAAGCCCUUCAUGUGCAGAAAAUGUAGCAAGGCUUUUGCUGUGAGGGGAGAUUGGAGAACUCAUGAAAAGAAUUGUGGGAAGCUUUGGUAUUGUAUCUGUGGAUCUGAUUUCAAGCACAAGAGGUCUCUUAAAGAUCAUAUCAAAGCUUUUGGGAGUGGCCAUGCAGCUUAUGGGAUUGAUGGCUUUGAAGAAGAAGAUGAGCCAGCUUCUGAAGUUGAGCAAGAUAAUGAUUCCACCCAGUAAUCACAAAGGGAUUUUUGGGACUGGCAUGGGUUUAUAUUUAUAUAUAUAUUAUAUGUGAAUUAUCUUAAUUAUUUUGUUAGGUGAGAUUGGGGAUGAAUAUAUGGCAAUUGGCUUCCAUUUUCAAAACUAUAUAUAAGCACCAAGGUUCAAUGGAAAGCCAACCUUUUCCUUCUUUCCUUUCUUUCCUUCU